AUGCCCGUCACCCUCAGCUCGCAUCACAGAUGGCAUGUGCCGCACCAGCACAUGCCUAGCAUCGCGACCUUUGCAGAUGCCACAGUCAACGACGCACCAACGCUGGUGCAGCGCUCAGCUGCUACCUCUGCCACAUCGACUUGCAAGGCCGGAGACAACACAGGAACAUGCCAGAAGCCGACCACUGCCGGUAACUCGACCAGUAUCAUCAUCGGUGUCGCCGUAGCUGUUCCCGUAGUCAUUGCCGCUCUCGUCCUCUUCUUUCUGCACAGACGCGUCAAGCGAAAGCACGCUCAAGAGGACCGUGACGACAAGUACAAGUCGCUCGACUUUGGCUUGGACGAUGUGUCAGCCAAGGGCAGAGGGCCCAAGGGUGUGCCUGAGAUGACCAUCACCGACAUGGAGAAGUCGACCAAAAACAUCAUGCACACCAAGGGCCUCUCGCUUGACAUGAUGAACACUCCCUAUCUGCUUCCUGGUGCCGUCAGCAGCUCUUCCUCUUCGCUCCGCUCAAUAUCUCGCUCAAUCACCGAUGGCGAAGACCCCUACCGUCCCGUGACCAUGACCAGCACCAACUCCAGCUCCAUUCCCGACCGCACUUCUUCGCGACCCAAGCCCGGCAAUGCUUCUGUCUACACCGAAUACAGCGAACGAUCCGAGAACCUCAAUGCUGGCCUCCUGCACAACGCCCAGCGCAUGUCGCGCUCCAACCCCUUCGACGACCAGUCCCCUGAGCGCGUCUACUCGCCCGAGUACUCGGCUGCUGCUCCUGCUCCCCCGCCGCCAGCCCACAUGAACGCUUCAUUCUCUGCAUCUGCCGCCCCUCGUAACAAGCCCGCUCCUCCAAAGCUCACCAUGCCCAACCCUGAUGUUUUCCACAUCACUCCCCCUUCGCCACCCGAACACCAGCGCGCUCCUGCACCCCCUGCUCACGUCACUGCUCCCUCGCCUCCUGCUCACCAACAAGAUGCCGCUGCCGCUCACUACCCUGUCAACGACUAUGCACAGGACAACCUGUACGCUGCUGCUCCCGACGCCCGCCGUGUGUCGGUCAUGGGCCUUCGUCCCCUUCCUCCGGACCACCCUGAUGACAACCCUGAACAGCGCGCCAACCGUAUCCGCUCUUUCUACAAGGAAUACUUUGAUGACAGCAAGCCCAACCCUCAAGGACAAUAUCAGAACGAGUACGAGGCCGACAUCUACGCCGACUACAGCGCCUACAUGUACGAAGCUCCCCAGGCUCCCUUCGCUCAGCCCAUGGCUCGUCGUGCCAUGACUCCUCCUCCUCGUGUGGGUGGUGGCCGUGUCCGCAGCAACACUUCUUUCGGCUCGACCGGUCACAUUGCCAACCCUGCUUUCCGUCGCCCUCCUCAGCAGCCCAAGAAGAAGCUGCCCCCACCGAUCGCUCUGCACAACCUGCCCACUCCUUCUGCCAUGACCGACGAUAUGACUUUCACGCCUACCCUCUUUGCCCCUCCCGUCUCAUACCGUGAUCGUCAAGCCGGCCGCACGCCAGACAGUCCCUCAAGACCCUACAGCCCUGCCGUCCGUGCCUUCACACCUCUUGCAACGAGUUUCGAUGACCUUGCUGUGAUUCCCAGCGCCCACGCUCUUCGCAAGUCGUCGACUUUCACCGCUCUGGACUUUGCACCCCCACCACGCUUCCGCAACGAAGGCACCGCAAGUGAUGCCGGCAGUAUUCGCAGCAACCGCAGUGGCAUCUCCAACGUCCAACAAAACGCCAUCCGUGCUGGUGCCUACCGCGUCAGCCGUUUGCCAGGCGACAUGGUAGGCACACAAAGCGACCUCAACGCAGCCCUUAAGCCCUCUUGGGACAUGAGCCGCUAA